GAAAAGCUGCUGCUGCUGCUGCGGCGGACAGCCUCUCUGCAUCCUUACCCCUCCCCCCUCGCGGACAAAUCGGAAUGGUUUCUUCCAGGCGAACCUGUCACUGUCACCGCGGCGGUGACGGCAGCCGAAGUGUGAGAGGAGAGGGUGGGAGAAGGAAGGCUUCAUCCACUGCCUGCCAUUGCAGUGCGGCGGCUGCUGCUCUGGAGCCACACCAGGAAGACCUUUCCAUUCAUUUUCUGUAAGAUUUUCACAAGCACGCCACGAGGAUCAUUGCUUUUACGAAAGUUGCUCCAGAGCCAAGAAAAAAAAAAGGAAAGGAAGGUGGGGGCAAGUCCCUCCUAACACUGAUUGGUGCGGUUAUGCACUGAGGCUGCUGAUGUGCGUCUGCUGGAAUCUCUUGCUGGAUUUACUGAGGAGUAGCUGGAGGUUGGAGAUGUUUUCUUCUGUGUCCUCUGUAGUGACCAGGAUGAACUGAUAGCGCAGCAAUGGAGGAGACUGUCAUUUGGGAACAGCACACAGUAACACUACACAGGGCACCAGGGUUUGGCUUCGGGAUAGCCAUAUCAGGAGGUCGGGAUAACCCUCAUUUUCAGAGUGGCGAGACCUCCAUUGUCAUCUCAGAUGUGCUGAAAGGAGGCCCAGCAGAAGGCCUACUGCAGGAAAAUGACAGAGUUGUUAUGGUCAAUGCUGUCUCCAUGGACAAUGUGGAGCACGCGUAUGCAGUCCAGCAGCUUCGUAAAAGUGGGAAAAUUGCCAAAAUUACAAUCAGGCGGAAGAGGAAGGUGCAUGUCCCCAUGGGCCGCCUAGGGGAGAGGGAAACUAUGUCAGAGCAUGACGAGGAGGAGGACAGCUAUGAUGAAGAGAUAUACGAGACGCGCAGCGGACGCAGCGGCGCUUACAGUGGUGUGGGCGGGGCAAUGGGCAGGCGCAGCGGGCGGAGCAGCGGGCGAAGGGACCGCGAACGUGAACGCAGCGGCUCGCGGGAGAGAAGUCUCUCCCCACGCUCAGACCGCCGCUCACACAACCUGCCCCCACGUCCCGCAAAGGUCACACUUGUCAAAUCCCGCAAAAAUGAAGCAGAAUAUGGCCUGCGCCUGGCCAGCCACAUCUUUGUCAAGGACAUUUCCCCUGAGAGCCUGGCAGCCAGGGAUGGCAACAUCCAGGAAGGGGAUGUUGUUCUGAAGGUGAGGAAGAGGGAGACAAGAAGCCUGAUCAAUGGCACAGUGACAGAGAACCUCUCCUUGAUAGAUGCCAAGAAGCUCAUAGAAAGGUCAAAGGGCAAGCUAAAAAUGGUUGUUCAGAGGGAUGACAGGGCGACCCUGCUGAACAUCCCUGACCUCGAUGACAGCAUUCCUUCAGCCAACGCCUCCGACAGAGACGACAUUUCAGAUAUCCAUUCUAUGGCAUCCGACCAAUCCAAUCGAUCACAUGACCGACAUCGUAGCAGCCGCUCUCGCUCUCCAGACAGAAGAUCUGAACCGUCAGACCACUCCAGACACUCGCCCCCACAAAUCAGCAAUGGCAGUCACAGAAGUCGUGAUGACGACCGGAUCUCGAAGCCAGCUUCAACGCCAGUGAAGCUACCAGAGGAGGUUCCUCUGCCCAAACCGAAGGAGUCAGCUAUUGCUAGAGAGGAGAAAACGCUCCCACCACUCCCAGAGCCCAAGCCGGUGUAUGCUCAGCCUGGACAGCCAGAUGUAGACCUGCCAGUCAGUCCCUCUGAUGCCCCUGUGCCAAGCGCUGCCCAUGACGAUAGCAUCCUACGGCCAAGCAUGAAGCUGGUGAAGUUCAAGAAGGGGGAGAGUGUGGGGCUGCGGCUGGCUGGGGGGAAUGACGUGGGCAUCUUUGUAGCCGGAGUGCUUGAGGAUAGCCCAGCUGCUAAGGAGGGCCUGGAGGAGGGCGACCAAAUUCUCAGGGUAAAUAAUGUAGAUUUUGCAAACAUAAUCCGAGAGGAGGCGGUGCUGUUCCUCCUUGACCUUCCUAAGGGUGAAGAGGUCACCAUUCUGGCCCAGAAGAAGAAAGAUGUGUAUCGGCGGAUCGUGGAGUCGGAUGUUGGCGACUCCUUCUACAUUCGGACUCAUUUUGAGUAUGAGAAGGAAUCUCCGUAUGGGUUAAGCUUUAACAAGGGUGAGGUGUUCCGUGUGGUGGACACCCUCUACAAUGGGAAACUGGGCUCCUGGCUGGCUAUUCGCAUUGGCAAGAACCACCAAGAGGUGGAGAGGGGCAUCAUCCCCAACAAAAACAGAGCGGAGCAGCUGUCCAGUGUGCAAUACACUCUCCCCAAAACAGCAGGGGGUGACAGGGCUGACUUCUGGAGGUUUCGUGGUCUUCGCAGCUCAAAGAGGAACCUGAGGAAAAGCAGAGAGGACCUCUCUUCUCAGCCUGUCCAAACAAAGUUCCCGGCUUAUGAAAGAGUUGUACUGAGAGAGGCUGGUUUCCUGAGACCUGUGGUGAUAUUUGGGCCGAUCGCUGAUGUUGCUCGAGAAAAGCUCUCCAGAGAAGAGCCCGAUCUUUUUGAGCUAGCAAAGAGUGAACCGAGAGAUGCUGGAACAGACCAGCGUAGUUCAGGAAUCAUCCGUCUUCACACCAUCAAGCAGAUCAUUGACAGAGACAAACAUGCUGUCCUGGACAUUACGCCGAACGCUGUGGACAGGCUGAACUAUGCUCAGUGGUAUCCAAUUGUAGUAUUCCUAAAUCCUGAUACUAAGCAGGGUGUGAAGAACAUGAGGACCAGACUGUGUCCAGAGUCCAGGAAGAGUGCCAGGAAGCUCUAUGAGAGAGCCAUCAAACUGAGGAAGAAUAAUCACCACCUGUUCACCACCACCAUCAACUUGAACAAUAUGAAUGACGGCUGGUAUGGAGCUCUGAAAGAAACAAUCCAGCAACAGCAGAACCAGUUGGUGUGGGUGUCAGAGGGCAAGGCGGAUGGCACUACAGAGGAUGACUUGGACAUCCACGACGACCGUCUGUCCUACCUGUCGGCGCCAGGUAGUGAAUACUCCAUGUAUAGCACGGACAGCCGCCAUACUUCUGACUAUGAGGACACAGACACAGAGGGUGGAGCGUACACAGACCAGGAACUGGACGAGACUUUGAACGACGAGGUGGGUCUUCCCACGGAGCCCGCCAUCACCCGCUCUUCCGAGCCUGUGCGAGAAGACCCACCUGUAAUUCAGGACACCCCUGGUUACCCUGGAUACCAGCAUCCUGUGCAGCCCGACCCAGCCAGUCGCAUUGACCCUGCUGGGUUCAAGAUGGCCGCUCCGCAACAGCAAGAUGAGGCUGCUCUGCCCAUGCCCUCGUUGCCUCCGACGGUGGUAGCGCCUCCUGCUGUUGAGCAGCCUGUACAGCUUGAGGGUAUGCACCUUGAGGAGCCGCCUGCUGCAGCCGCAGCUCCUCAGGCUGACUCACUUAGCAGCCCCAGCCCUGCCCCUGAGCUUAUUCAGCCCCCACCACCACCACAUGAACCCCACCCGUCUGGACCGCCUGGUCCAGAACCAAAGAUGUACAAGAAAGAUCUGUACAAUAUGGAGGACCCUGUGCGAAUCAACCAUGGCCUGAAGCAGUCUUUGAGCUACAGUCACCAGCCGCCGUACCAGGACAAACAGCCAUACCGUGAAUAUGACCACCCGCCUUACGGAUACAAUGGAGGCGGCUACACAGAACCAAAGCCUCACAACACUGACUCACACCUGCACUACGACAACCGUGUGCCUCAUUACAACGAACAGUGGCCCCCCUAUGACCAGCAGACCUCAUCCUCCCAGCCCGCAGGGUACCAGCCGGGCCACCAGCAACCCAUGGGCUACAACCCACGAUCCCCCUACGACGACGGACCAGGGAGGGACUACAGCCCCCCUCAGCCGCGCUACGAUGAGGCCCCACCAGUGGGCUAUGAUGGCAGACGACGCCAUAGUAAACCUGGGCCCAUUCGUUAUGAUGAACCCCCACCCCCAGCUGGCUAUGAUGCCCGCUCUCCUUAUGAGGCAGAACCUCACGGCUUUCCCAUUAAUUCACCUCGAUCGCCGGAGCCCCCAAAGCAGUAUUACAGUGACUCUGGUCUGAGGCCCACCUACAUUUCUGGGCCUCCAAACAGGGGUUUUAAGACAGGGAUGCAUGACCCUAUGAUGAACUCUGAACCUACAAUUCCCCUCCCUAAACCAGAGACCCUGCAAUCUCCAGGUGAGCCAGCGAUCACUCCGGGCUCCAAACCCCUCCCUCCUCCGCCACGGGAAGACCUGGACGAGGACCCGGCCAUGAAACCGCAGUCGGUGCUGAACAGAGUCAAGAUGUUUGAGAAUAAACGGUCGGUUUCUAUGGACAGGGCUAAAGAAGGCGGAGAAUCAGCACUCAGGCCUGCAGAUGUUCCUAAACCUGUAAGUGCACCUGGCCCAGUCCUCAAAGCCAAUUCCCUCAGCAACCUGGAGCAAGAGAAAUCCACCUAUAGGGCCCCUGAGCCACAGAAGCCACAUUCUAAACCCCUGGAUGAUGUUGUGCGUUCCAACCACUAUGACCCAGAUGAGGAUGAGGAGUACUACAGGAAGCAGUUGUCCUACUUUGAUCGCCGUAGCUUUGACAGCAAGGCCAUGGGCCAACCCAGUCCUGGCAUGAACCGCUUCCACGAUCUGCCCAAACCAGCUCAACUAUCCUACCCAUACAACAGAGUUGAGUCUGUAGAGAAGGUUAGUCCAGUGGAAAAAAGAUAUGAACCCCUUCCCCAAAUCAGCCCAUCAUCACAGUAUGGGCCCCCCGUGUCUGCCAUCCCACCCAACACACUGCCCAAGAUCAGCCCCAAUGACGUGAACUCCAUACCCGAGCCGUUGAAUUCACCCAAUCCUAAACCCGAGCUCCCAGCUCUCUGGCCGGCCAGCAGGGACGAACCCGCACCAGGUGGCUACCUGCCCCCGAGGGGCCUCCCCGACAAAUUCCCGGUCAACGGCACCGAUGCUGCACCCCCUAAGACGCUGGGUGCUCCUGCUCCAACUAGCUAUAACCGCUACGUCCCCAAACCGUACACCAGCUCAGCCCGGCCCUUUGAGCGCAAGUUUGAGAGCCCCAAGUUCAACCACAACCUGCUGCCCAACGACACACAGGUGAAGACGGACCUCCUCAGUAAGCCCACUGUGGUGAGCAACAGCGGUGGGAAGCCUCAGCUGUCACCACAGCCCAUGGAUCACGACAGUGGCCUGGACACCUUCACGCGCACUAUGGACAACAGGCCCAAAUACCAGCACAAUAACAUCAAUGCCAUCCCCAGGGCCAUCCCUGUAAGCCCCAGCACGCUGGACGAUGACGACGAGGAUGAAGGACACACAGUGGUGGCCACCGCCCGGGGGAUCUUCAACUGUAACGGAGGGGUCCUGAGCUCCAUCGAGACGGGUGUCAGCAUCAUCAUCCCCCAGGGUGCCAUCCCCGAGAGCGUAGAGCAGGAGAUUUACUUCAAGGUGUGCCGGGACAACAGCAUCCUGCCCCCCCUCGACAAGGAGAAAGGAGAAACGCUGCUUAGUCCGCUGGUGAUGUGUGGCCCCCAUGGACUCAAGUUCCUGAAGCCGGUGGAGCUGCGCUUACCUCACUGUGCGUCUAUGACCCCUGAUGGUUGGUCUUUUGCUCUAAAAUCCUCCGACUCCUCGUCGGGUGAUCCCAAAACCUGGCAGAACAAAUCUCUCCCUGGAGACCCAAACUACCUGGUGGGUGCAAACUGUGUGUCUGUGCUCAUUGACCACUUCUGAAGAGGGCGACAGCUGGCCUGUUACUGAAUGUGAUAAACAGGGGACCUCAGUUGCCCCUGCCGUACUCCCUCCACCGUGGCGGGGUGCACGAUGCUCGAUGAAGUAUUUACAAAUUAAAAAA